CUACUAGGCUUUGUUUAACCGAAGUGUUAAUGCGGAAGUUUUAAACUUGUGAUGAGGAAUAUAAUCCGAUAAGAAUAGUUUAAAUACCGUGUCGACCUCUUUCUGAACAGAUGUUUACAUCUCCAAUUUAACUUGUGGAAGUUUAACGAAGCAGUAAGCCUAAUCGACAACAAUGCAAGUAACAUAUCAAUGUUGUAUGUGUGCUGUGUUAAGCGCGUUGUUGCUCCCGUUAGUUCACCUGACGUCAGAAGGCGCGCUAUUCCAGAUAGGCAGCCCGGCAGCAACUGCCAUAGAGCCUCGAGUUAACACCGAAGGUCCGCCAUUGUGCGAAUUUAGUAUCUGGGAGAGAAGCAAAAUAUUCUUUGUGGCCCGUUUGCGCCAAAUGAAUCCGAAAUUUAUCAAGUUUGGAAUACAAUUUUAUAAUGGGACAAAUGUGAUUGAACACACUGAACCACAAGUAUUGAAACCCAAACUCUGGUUUUGGACGUAUUCCACGGAGCAUGAAACAUAUCCGUAUCUGAAUUGGAAUGUCGACUUUGGGUUGCUGACAUUUGGUCUUCUAGACGCAGCAACUAUUGAGAUCCCUUAUGUGGAUUUUAAGGCAUACAAUACAUCAAAAUGUAUUGUGAACUUUGGUGCAAAUGAAUCCAUGAUAAAUGUUGCAAAAGCUUUGUCAGAGCUAGUGGUUAAUGAAACAGUAAAUGAGGUGCACCAGUAUGAACAAAUAUCUUUUUGUUAUUUAACAGAGAUAGCUGUAGAUAAAUCUGGAAUCGAAUACUAUGCUGGACUAUACCUUCAAUAUCCAGUACCGUUUAUUCAAUAUUCGUGUUGUGAAAUAUUAUAUCAUUACACCACAAGUAAAUAUUCAGAUCCGGAUUGUAACAUUACUCACGACAAAUGGACUUUAUGCUUCCUUGGUCCAUAUAUCGUAGGCGUAAUAAUUCUCCUGUUCUUCCCUAUAAUGGUUUUUGAAUUAUUUCACUCAAUUUCCAAAGACGAAGUAAUUCAAUCGUACGACCACGAGAGUACGAAUGAGUUAUCGUGUGUAGUCUAUAAUCGACAACCUGAAGCACAGUGGGUUUUCCUAGAUGGAGCAUCGCCAUUUACCUUAUCUCAUCUACCAGCCAAGAUGUUCGCGGGAUUCAAGGAUUCGCACCCAGUCUUGCGAUCGCGACUACGACGGUUUGUGUACAUGCUUUUGGUACCUGUCUUGUUAUUUGCUAAUGUGUUCAUGUACAGAAACGGUAUAGGAAAUGACCUUAAAAUCACUAUUGAGGACUUGGUAAAGCGAGGAACUCCACUGGGUUUUCUUGCAAUCCUUGCUGAUACCUCUGAUGCUCGAAAAGUGUUUGUUCCAGCUCUCGGUGGGCCAGUUGGAGUUUUGAUAAUUUACUACACUCUCGGAGUCCUACUUCUGGUAAUGCCAAGAAGUCUGAAACAGAUCGUAGAGAACGGGAUGCCAACAAAGCGGACGUGGUCGCCUUUCUUUCUCAGUGUCGAUGAGAUACUUCGCAUGGCAAUGCUUGAACCAGGGACCGAACCUGGAUAUCAUCGAGCCGCUGCUGUGUGCCGUGGCAGCUUCUAUAUGGUCUUUAAUAAGGAAUUUUGGUACAGAAUACUGUAUAUGCAACAACGCCGACUCGUACGAUUAAAGCGAGAUAAACCGAUUAUGUUCGCUCUUACACUUCCAGUUGUGUUACUUGUUUGCGCAUUGGAAACUGCAGCGUGCGCCAUUUUCAACCUUUUUCCUCUGGCAAACUUUGUUGUCAUUACAGUAAAAGGAGCAGUGAUAUCACUUAUUGAACAGAGGCGUCACUACGAAUGCAUUCGAUGCUGUUUCCGUACACCAUUGAUCGUAGUUGUUGCUGUGAUAUGCUGCGUAUUAUUCACAUUGUUUGCUUAUACUGUCAUUUUAAUAUUCCUGGAAAGUUUUGUGUUCAUCUCACAAGUUGCUAUUUUAUGUUUUGUAGCGGUCAUUGUUUUUCCUUCCGUUGCGUUCGGUUAUCUGUUUUUCUUUGUUGUUCUGCUGUAUUACCUGUUUCGACUUGCUCGAGGGUUCGGUGAUACGUAUUUUGAACUGCUAUCGAUGGCAGUUGAGAAAUCGCAGGAUCUUGACGCCCAUGUAAAUCACGUGUCAAUGCAGGAUGGUACUUUAGAAAUCUCCAACGUGCGGGCAGCGGGUGUCAGAAGCAUUCGUGUGAAUAACGUUGUUAUCGACGUUCCACACAACACACUUGAGAGAAUUAAAACGGAACAAACACCGAAGAAAACCCGACAAAAGGCAAAUGUCCAUGGGAUACCGAGAGACCUAUUUGAAUAUCUGGUUACCAAACAUCGGCCUAUUCAUAUUCAGUUUAUAAGGCUUGUUUUUCACUUUGCAAUGAUUAUAACGCUCGUUGCGUUGACCAUGUCGAUCAUUUCGAAAUUCAAAAUGGUGACCUCAUCGGAGUCGUCGGAUGUCAUGCAUGUGAUCUUCAUUGUGACGGUCGGUGCGUUGCCAAGGGUUUUGGAGUUGGUAUUGUUGGAUGGCAAUGAAAUGUUUAAGCGACAGCUAGAAGAAACUAAGAUUGAACAGUCCAUUCUGAGGUACUGGCGAAAUCGCUUGGAAUCUUUUGAAGACCUUGACCGUUGCUCUCCUAGCUCCUAAGAAUAAACUUAUUUUUCCAAAGUUACCUUAAGCAAUUGCUUUGUCUUUGUUAAUAAUUGUGCAUUAAGUAUUUUAUUUCCAAACACGAAUGUACAUUUUCAUUUCACAUAUAUCAUAUAAAACAGUGAUCUUAAAACGUAUGACAAUUGAAGCCAUGUAAUGUAAUUUUGUUCGUUGACUUUUUCCAUCCACACUCUAACAGGGGUAUUGGAUUUGUUUACAGAGUUUAAUGUUAAUUUCGCCUGGGUGUUUACAAUAAGUAUUAUUUCGUGUACAGGGUAAAUACAAUUUACACCACAGACUUAAUACUGAAAUGUCGAAACUAACAAAACUGUUAUUUUAGAGAACAAUAUUGUUAUCAUAUGUUAUAUACUCAUUAUUUACUAGUUUUACUUGUAUUUGUAGUGAUCUGAUGUUAAUAUUAAAAUAAACAGGUA